AUGCCGCGCCCCAGCAAUCAAUGUGCCGACUUCUGCAAGAAGUUUCUGUCUUCCGCUGGUGUCACGGCAUGUGCCUUGAUGGUCCUGCGGAACUUGAGGAUGACGGCAACUCCAACAACUGGUGAUCACUUGAACAUUCGUGGAGGCGAACCGAGACGCUCUCAGGAGAUGGGCAUUGAUCCCGUUGAUCCUUACCCGACUUCUCCCGUCCUCCCCACACUCUCUCCGGUUCGGACAUGGCAGACCAUACCUACCGGACCUACCGUGCCAGCCAUGGACAUGGCCUUUAGAGCCGACCUGCAGACUAUUGCUGCUGCCACUACUGUGGCACCAUCCCCUGAGUUUAGGAGCUCCAUGGCGCCCCAAGCCACCCAAGUCUCUGCUCCGCAUGUGGAGCGCGGGCCAGCGGCUGCAGUGGCUGUGACAGCAACGGGCUUCACCUACAACGGCCACUUCCUGCACAAUCUCAGCUCCAAACGCCCUGGUUGCCGUGGCUGCUGCAACUCAGGUGCAGAAGUGGUGGGCUGCUUUGAUGUGGAGAGAUGUGCCCUAGAGGGUCCAAGCAAUGGCAAGUUCGCCUUGGUUCUGAGCCACUGGGGGGUGCCCAGCGAGGGCAUGCUCCAAUCCAUCACGAGCAUGAAAGCUGCAGCGAUGGCUGCCAAUUCGGCAGACAUCCUGCUCAUUAUACUUCAAAAGGAUGCCGAUCGUACCCCGCACAAGAUUCAGAAGCUGCUUAGCAAAUGGGAAAUUAAGGUUCAUGUCGUAGACUGGGACGUGCCCCCUGACUCCAUGUUCUAUCCCAAGCACGACUGGUGCGGCCACCAAGAUCUGAUCCGUUUGCAUGUCCUGGGCUUGGAUGCAUACGACGCCGUGGCCUACUAUGAUGCGGAUUGCGAGUUUCAGGGCGACGUCACCCCCAUACUGCGCUGCGCCGCCACAGGGAAGUUGCUGACGACCAACGGCGGCGUGGGGGAGUCGCUGAACGUGGGCUUCAUUGCUGUGAGGCCCGACAAGCGACUGCUGGAGGCAGCACGGAUCUUUGCCCGCAAGAACAACUUCUCCGUGCAGCAUGGCUGGGGAAAUUCUGGCUGGAAGCCCUGUGGCGGCUACUUUGUCGGAGGUGAGUGUGGCCAAGGCUUCCUGUACAGCCUCUUCUACUCCAAGAGUCCGGCUGCUCAGCAAGCCCUCAAAGGUGCCGGAGUCUGGCAAAACGGCAUUGUUGAAGCUGCUCAGGUCGACCGCUGCAUCUGGAAUUACCAAACCAGCUAUCAGUGCCGAACCGACUUCAACUGUGAGAGGGUCCGUGUGCAUCACAAGCCGACCAAGGAGCGAGGAACGGACAAGAACGAGUGCGAGAAGCUCCGGUACAGGGAGAGGCGAAAGGAGCUGGCCCGCAAGAGGCGCGAACAACAGAAGCUCGCAGGAGUGGAGGGCCAGAAGGGCUCGGAGGGAUCAGAGGGUAUCUUGCUACGGCACUCGGGCGGCUUGUGUCUUCGACCUUCAGAUGGUGACUUUGGGGAAGGAACGCUGGUUUUGCUGCGGGACUGCGCCACACCACCCGUGGAACACAACCUGCGCAUGGGACCCGUGGACGCAGACGAUGACGAUGAGGAGUCCUUGGGGACGGUGCAGCUGCGCCUGGGUCGGCGCUGCUCGCAUCCCCGGGGAGAUGACCUGGAUGUGGGCCCCGAGGAGCCGCGCCUGUCGUUUGCAGAUGACUGCUCGGCGCCGCACAAUUUCAUCUUCAAGAAGCUCAAAGCCCAGCUUCCGAAUGGCUUCUUGCUUCAGCACACAGCUUCCAGGAGUUGCAUCCAUCCAUUCGAGGGCUCAGAGCAGCCGAGAGUCGGGACCGAACUCUUACUGCAUUCCGACUGCUCCGUGGGCCGGCGCGCGCUGACCUUCCUGGACGGAGCGGACAGGGGCCCCGAAGCGCGUGAAAGUCAUGAAAGCCCCAAGGUCGAGCACCACAAAGCGCCCUGUGAGUACAUGAAGGGCAAUCCGCAAAGUUCUCGUCCUGGCAAGCCCUGUAUUCCUCCUGCAAAGUUUUGGCCGUACAAAGGCAAAACCGAUUGGAGGAUAGAGCUUGGCCAGCGCAUCCUGGAUGCCGUGUCGCCGGUCAUCCGUGAGGAUCAGUGCGAUGGCUUUUUCUUGUAUGGUGAUGUCACGUGGUGCAACAAGGCUUUCGGAGGAGGUACGCCAGCUCUGCUGGGUUUGUCCUAUGGCAUCGAGGAGAGAGACAUCUGGAGCGAGCUGAUCAGUCAGAAGAAGCUUCCCACAAAGCUUUACGAUUGCUUUAUCCCUCCAGAUAGAUCUACACCCAUAGCAGGGAUUGCACCUAACGGCACGCGACCUUGCAAGGGAGUGGAAAACAAGCCCUGCUACACGACGCGAUACGAGUCCUACAGGAUCUGCUUGGGCGCUGUGGCCGGCAUGGUCGAUGGCCGGAAGUUUGAGAACCUCCAGUCUCACCUUCGUGGAAUGCCACCACUCUCUGUGCACCUCAAGAUUGACACGGAGGGUGCCGAAUGGCCAGUUCUGGACUCACUCAUCACCAGCAAAGAGGACAUUGCCAAGAUCCGCACACUGGACAUGGAGGUGCAUUUUGGCUGGGGGAAUGCCGGGGAUCCUCCAGCUCUCCAGAAGCUCUCGCAGAAGGAGCGCUUGAUGAUGCACGUCUCGACGAUGGAAAAGCUGUUGGAAGGCUUCUACUGCACAGGCUCGACUCUCGAAGUGUAUCGACAGGGAUGGCGGCCGAAGGACAACUGCGAUGGUGGGACCUGCAACGAGCCGCCAGUUUACGUGUCAGGUGGGUUCUCCAUGGAGAUGUUUGCGGUGAGCUUUGUCAAUAAGGCAAUGGUACAGUGA